AUGCAUUCGCAUGAGCAUAAUGAAUUUUGGAGUGCUCUGUUAGAGAAAGCGUAUGCGAAGCUCUACGGUUCGUAUGAAAACCUCGAAGGCGGAACUACAGCUGAAGCGCUUGAGGACUUCACUGGUGGACUCACCGAGUUCUACGAUCUUCGUAAGACCGACAAAGCCACUGUUCUAGCAAUGAUGAUCCGUGGUUUCCAGAUGGGGUCGCUUUUUGGAUGUAGUAUCGAUGCUGACCCAAAUCAAAAGGAAGCACCGUUAGAAAAUGGCUUGGUUCGAGGACAUGCUUACAGUAUCACUGCUUUACACACUGUGCCCGGUCCACACGGUGAAACUCCUCUGGUUCGUGUCCGGAAUCCGAAUGGAACGGCCCUUGGAGUGAUGGAUCAUCAGAAGUGGAAUUAUGUGGAUAGCCAGAAAAGAGCCGAAUUAGGAGUUGAGUUCGCUAAGGACGGCGAAUUCUGGAUGUCGUUUGACGAUUUCUACACCAAUUUCAUGCAGAUGGAAAUUUGCAAUCUAUCGGCGGCUGUGAUGAACGAAGUCUCAGAAAUGACCGGGGUGGAAAUUUCUGAUCCUAACUUACAUCAAUGGGAGGAAAAAGCUGAGGACGGCGAAUGGAGUACACAGAAAGGGACCGCAGGCGGCUGUGCAAAUAAUCCU